AUGAAGAAUAUCAGGGAUGAUGUGCCUAUUUCACAAAUUACAAUCCCUGGAAGUCAUGAUGCUCUGGCUCGGCACUGGGGUGCCUUUGUAAAAUGUCAGAGCUGGAGUUUUGAAAACCAGCUUAUGGCAGGAGUGAGGUACUUUGAUCUCAGAGUCAGUGACCGACCUGGAAAUGAUUUGAAUUUGGUGCAUGGCAUAUUUAUUCAAUUCAUCAAACUGGGUACAGUAAUAGAGGAAGCAGUAUAUUUUCUUGGUAAACACCCCAGCGAGACUAUUUUAAUAAGGGUGAAACUAGAGGGACCUAACAAGAAUAAAAUGUAUGAAAAAAGUUUAGUAAUACUAGAAAGAGAUGAAAAUAAAGAUUUUGUGUACAAACUAGGCAACAAAGAUGUGAGUAACAAUGAUCAACCAUUAAUACGCGAUGUUCGGGGUAAGAUUGUUCUCUUGAAGAUACAAGAUAGAUAUGACUUUGGGAUUGACCUUGACUCCACUCAUAGAAAAGGUGAACAUAAAGUCAAAGAUGUUAAUGACAAGUGGAAUAUAAUUCAGAAUCAUCUCCUGGAGGCCAAAAACAAGUGUAAUAAUGAAAAUGGCCAUGUAAUUUUGUUGUAUUCAAGUGGAACAGGUGUAGGCUCAUCAUGUAAUCCUAUAACACCUAAGUCUUUGGCAAAGAUCAUAAACGAAAAACUUUGCCAAAAGCUUGCAGAACUGCAUACUGAAGAUAGGAACUCAUGUUUUGGCAUCAUAGCCAUGGAUUUCCCUGGACUUGAGCUAAUCAAACAAAUCAUUAAAGUUAAUGAGUCAAAAUGUAAAAAUGAUAAUAAUUCACCUGGAAGUAAAAGCAAUGGAAAAUAA